AUUGGGUGGAGGGAGGGAGUGGUGGCGGAGGAAGGAGUCACGGGAUUGGUAGAGUUCAGCGCCAAACUUGUUGACUCAUAACUGAGCUGCUCCUCUCCGUCCAUCUCGACGCGGAGCUGUCCGGGGCCAGUGGUGCUGAAACUGUCAAGCUAUCCGACGCGCCUCCAGGGCUGAUAGCACAUUCCUCUGAUUCCAGGUUUAAGCAUUUCCCAAAGUUACGCUCAUUUUUUUUUCGUUUGUAUCCCUUUUUUGCGUGAAGACUCAAGGCGUCUGAUUUGAAUUUGGAAGAAAUCUUCCCACAACCCCGCCGCUCUCUCCAGGAGCGCACCGAGUCUGUAACGUCAGCCGCUCAAACCGAGGACUCUCCGGACCGCAGUCAUGGCUUUCAUGGUGAAACACGUGGUGGGAGGGCAGCUGAAGAACCUGACAGGCGGCCUCACGGAGGAGAAAUCCGAGGGAGAGAAAACAGAAGCCUCCGCGCAGGGAAUGACUCAAGAGGAAUUUGAACAAUAUCAGCAACAGUUAGAGGAGGAAAAACAAGAACGAGAAGCUAAUUUUGCCCAGAAGAAAGCAGAGAGGGCUACAGUCAGAACCCAUUUUCGCGAAAAGUACAGACUACCAAAGAAUGAGCUCGACGAGACCCAGAUCCAGCAGGCAGGGGACGACGUGGUGCUGCCCACAGAGCUGGCCAAGAUGAUUGCUGAGGACAACCAGGAGGAGACGCACAAGCAGUCUGUGCUCGGCCAGCUGUCCAACAUCCAGAAUGUGGACAUCGACCAGCUGAAGGACAAAGCCCAGGCCACACUGGAAGACCUCAAGAAGCAGACGGAAAACUGCAAUCUCAUGUGAAGUGGGCCUGACCUGUUCCACAGAGUUUCACUUGUGCAGAUAUUUAUCAGAGGCAGAGCUUCUCCAGGUGUAGACAUUUUCUCAUUGCUCUGGUUGAAUGUCAGUUAGCAGAGUUGCAUAAUUAUAGUUUUAUGGAGAUCAAAAUCAGACUGGAGCCUACGAGAUCUUUGGCUCACUUUCUAACCAGUUAAAACCAUUUUGAGUCUUAAUCAUCCUGAAUGUUGUUCCUGUUUUUACAAAAAAAGAAAAAGUAAGAAAAUGAGCCAAUUUGCACUCUGAUAAAACUGAAACCAAUGAGAUCAUUUCUGCAGGUUUGAGCGAGUUCUUCUCUUGGUAAAUUUGUACAGUGCACCAGAUCCUUCAUUCCCUGUAUUCCCAUUCUCCUUCGCUCUCUGUACCUGGCCAGUGACAACACCAUGCAGUUCUGCAGCAGAGGUCGUAGCAGUGUGUAUGUGUGUGAUUUUUCCUCAGCAGAGGAAUUUUAUUGGCUAAGGCGUGCAUCUCCAAUAAAGUCAGGACCGCUGGGGUCAGCUGCUCGGUUGGAACAAGAACACACAUUCACAAGCUUAACACUCAGGGCCGGCCUAAGUUAGAACUGGGCUCUAAACAAAAUUUGAUUUAGAAGACCUUCACCCACACGCCAGAGUGUCUACAACCACUUUUAGUUUGCAUUACGUCUUCAUUCUUUUUAAUGAAAUAUUGGUUGAUAAAAAGUGUUUUAGAAGGUGAAAACAACCAGUAGAUCCUGGAUAUUGGGUACUUUUUCUGACUUACUCAUAAGCUUUCGCAGCGUAGUAGAGUUAGGCUGAAUGGGUGAGUCUGACUGGUUUUGCUUUCAUGCUACAAAAAAGUGGUCAGGUAUUUUCCAAGUGUAUUCUUCAGCCAUUGUGUAUCAGUUUUGUUUCUGAGUGUAGUUAAGAAUUUUGUCGAACUAUGACAAUUAUUAGCCAUAGUAAUGCUCCAGCGGUUCUUAUUGACUUUCUAUUGAGAAAGAGGAGCGAUUCUGAGCUCCCAUUUAAACUCUGAGUCAUCUCCUUUUGGGAUUAACAUUAGCUUACAGUAUAACGCAAACAUUCAUAAGUACAUCAAAAAAAUAUUCUUAAAAUUAUCAGGUAUAAAAGCAGGUACAAAAUGUCCCUAGAACAGCAUUGACAUAUCUCAUAGUUGGUCUUGUGGCAAGUAGCUUCAUCUUGAAUGCAAAAGAGUCGGGUACAAAAGCAAACUAGAAAAGUGUGAAAUGGUAAAUUAACCAAUUGAUCUUGACCACUCUGGUCAGAAUUAGAGGACUCUUUGAGGACCCUGCAGGCCUGGGGGCCCUAAACAGCCUUGAGCCGGCUCUGCACACCAGCUCAUGUUAAUUAUACAAACAAAAUCAGACAAUUUAAUGGGCAACAACUGUUUAGGACAACUAAAAGGUUAAUCUUCCAUGGCAUUUGUUUUUCCUGUUGUUUUUGCAGCCUUUCUUGUGAGCCUUGUUGGUGAAGGCUGAAGCUCCAAGAUAAAUGAAUCGCUUUCUGAGCGGUUAAUUUAUUAAACAAUUUAUUUCUUUAUUUUUAGUUUUACUAAAACCUACAAAUAAUUACUCACUUGUUUAGGUGUGAAGACUUGCAGUGAUGAAUGCUUUACAUGAACAUGUUACUGUGUGCAAAGUUAAUCUGGCUUCCAUACAAUACCAUUUCUAUCCACUAUAUACAGUAUAUAUAAUUAUA